AUUUGGUCUUGACCCGGAAGUGUGUUUUGUGACUGUGGUUGUGGAGUUUUGUUUGGCAACGGGCUGAGUGUAUCACCACGUUUCGUAUCAUAAUUAUCAUUUCAUAAAAGUUAUUUGCCUACAAAAGAUAAAAGAAUGGUAAAUUGACAGGAGAUAUGUCAAGGAAAGCACGCGAACGUUGGCCACCCUUUCAAAUAGAACAAGAUAGCCAAUUGAUGAAGUGACUGUGGCGAAAAUGUUUGGGAGUACUGGUGAGAUUCCAGGAGAACAAAAGGAGAACAGCACCUGCAAAUGAGGUCAUUGGUUAAAGCUGUAUAAAAGUAUAACCGUCAUACAGCUGAAGACAUCGAUUUUCCAUUCAGAAACUAAAAUGGCUUUUAGGAGAGAUCGAAAUAUUAGAGAUAUUUAUGAGGACCGGUUUCCUCCAGAAAGAGUGGGUCCAUUUCCAAGAGGAGGUCAAGGAGAUAGGAGGCCUCCCUUCGGGCGGCCGGACGAGGACUACGGCCGUGGUUUUGAAUACGAUGGCCCUCGGUUUUACCCAAACGGUGCCCCUCGCAACUACCAUGGAGAGGAUCAGAGAGGUUACCAUGGAGACAGCCAUCACUCAUUUCCAAAUGACCACAGGGGUGGGCCACCUGGUCGAAGGCAGGAAGACUUCCCGUACUACAGAGGGCCAAGAGAGGAACCUCAUGGUGGUCGCCAGAUAGACUUCAGACCGAGUAAUCGUGCAGGUCCUCCCCCGAAUGCUCGAGUCCAGGGUUCUUAUCCUCAGCCCAGGGCUCUGCCUGCAAUUGCCCCUGAUGCAGGAGACGACACCCUCAUGCAGGCCAUAAUGAACCUUGACCGGGGGGAGGAGCGAGACAACUUGAGACGAAAGGCACCCUUUCCGCCAGUACGUGAACGCUCUCCAGCCCGGCGGGACGUCCCCCCUUCCCCUCACAGUCGGUCGGGGUCCAGCAUAAGCAGCCGCAGCUACUCACCAGAGCGGAGCAAAGUGCAUCCUCUCCUGCCCCAGCAGGGGAAAAGAUAUGAGGAGCCAUUUGUGCCAGGCAGAGGACCGGACAGGGAAAGGCCCCCCGGCCCCUCCGUGAGUGCAUCACGAGACGGUUCACCCCAUAGCUCCGUAUCAGUCACUAAGGAAGAUAUAACAGCAGUGGAAGGGCCCACAGAUGAAGUUCAGGCCACUGUGGAUGAAGCUUCAUCCGUCAUGGACGACUUUCAGGAGCGACGAGCUCAAGCUAUUGCUGCCAAGGCUCGGGAAAUUGAGAAGGUCUAUCGUCAGGACUGUGAGACGUUUGGCAUGGUGGUGAAGAUGCUGGUGGCCAAGGAACCCAGCUUAGAGAAGCACCUGCAGAACCCACUAAAAGAGAACCUGAUUGAGAUCCGUGAGCGAUGUCUUGAGGACUUGCAACACUUCAUUGCUGAACUCGAUGAGGUUGUAAGACAGCCUGAACCUGCUGUCUAAGGUGGCCCCAUUUUACUUGACCAGCAGUUUUGUUCUGAACCUACACAAGAGUCCUUCAUUGUUUUUAUGACUUAUGUAAAGGCCAUUGUACAUUGUGUACUGAGUGUCCACCUAAAAGAAAUCUUCCCGGGGCAUGGAAAAUCUCUUUAUAUUUUUCAUUUAUGCAGUCCCAUUUAUCUAUUGAUACUAGUUGAUGAUAGGCUGUAUAAUAUCUUUGUAACCUUUCAACAUUGAGUAAUAAAAAAGAAAAUAGAUUGCAAACACAAGGAAAUCAAUGCCAGAAGAAGGUUUGCUCUGUUCCUUAUUUAGUGCUGAAGCUAAAGAGGUGUAUUAACCCAUUGAGGAGAUUUACUAGAUAAUGCUGGUUGUCCUGAUCAAGUAUGUAUAAAUUGAAAGGGUUCUGUGUUGUUGCCAAUUAAAUCACGUAAAUUCUUUCAGACCAAUGACAAAAGUUGAUGAAUGAAUUAUGAUAAAUAAUCUUUAUGGGUUCAGUUAAUUGCUGCUAUCUGUAGUACAGUUAAGCUGUGCAGCUGACAAUAAUGCAUUUUUCCCUUUUUUUUUUUUUUUAAAAUAACAUUUUCCAGCCACUAGAUUAUGAAAGCCCCACACAAGUAUUUGUGUAGUUUUUCCUUUGUAUAGUAUUAAAGAGUCUUGAACUUACUAUAAUGCAUGUUUUUCCUUUUGAUUUAAUAAAACCCUUUUUUGUGA